UUCAGCUUGGAAAAACUCAGAAAGUCCUUUGCUGUUUCCUUACUACCCUCGAAAAUCAUUGCAUUUUGUGAAAAGGCGGAUGGAGACCAUUAUUCAUCAGUGUCUGCAAAAGCCAGCAGAUGUAAUUGGAAGAUCGAUGAAUCAAGCAAUUUGCAUUCCAUUAUAUAGAGAUGCUAGGAGUAUGGACUCUGCCCGUAGAUUGCUAAAAUUCCCAUUUCUGUGGAAUAAUAAAACUUCAAAUCUACAUUAUCUUCUUUUUACUAUUUUAGAAGAUUCGGUUUAUAAAAUGUGUAUCUUAAGGAGACAUACUGAUAUUUCCCAAUCUGUCAAUAAUGGACUAAUUGGUAUUAAAUUUGGGAGCUUCACAUAUGCCACAACUGAAAAAGUCCGAAGGAGCACGUACAGUUGUCUAGACGCCCAGUUUUAUGAUGAUGAGACUGUAACAGUCAUCCUUAAAGACUCCAUGGGACGAGAUGGAAGAGACAGGAUCUUGGUUCAGUUGCCGUUGUCCUUAGUGUAUAACAGUGAGGAUUCCGACGAGUAUGAGUUCACUGGGACUUACUCGACAAGGCUCGAUGAGCAGGGCAGCGUGAUUCCCACGCGCACCUUGCACUUUGAGAAGCACUGGAGACUCCUGGAAAGCAUGAAAGCACAGUAUGUUGCCGGGAAUGGCCUUCGCAAAGUGUCCUGUGUGUUAAGUUCAAACCUCCGGCAUGUGAGGGUGUUUGAGAUGGACAUUGAUGAUGAAUGGGAGCUGGAUGAGUCUUCAGAUGAUGAUGACGACGAUGAUGAUGAUGAUGAUGACGAUGACGAUGAGGAGGAGGAGGCGGAGGAAGAGGAGGAGUCCGGUGGGAAGCCUGUGAAGAUCAAGGAGGAAGUGUUGUCAGAGUCGGAGACAGAGGCUCCCCAAGAUGCUGCUGCCCUAGACCCAGACAUAGUCAUCAAAGUGGAGAAACUUGACCCUGAGUUGGACUCCUGACCCAGUUUCGCAGCAUGUAUUGUUGUAGCAAAAACAUAGUGGGUGGACUAAGUUGCUGUGGGUCACGUUGAAUUGUCUGUGUAACGAAAAAUAAAUGGUGAAGUUUA